ACUACUAGUACUACUAUUGUUGGUUCUGUCCAUGAUGGCACCAAAGAUCGCCACAUCGGCGGCACUACUCCUACUUCUUGCGGCAACACUCACACUUGCUGAUGGACCUACGAAACCAACAGUAUGGAAGCAAGGUACACUUACCGUCGUCCCUCCCUCUGUAGUUCCUCCAAGUACAUCAACCAUUCCGCCGACACCCACCCCCGCCAUCGCGGCCUCCUCAACCACCCCGACGUCCGUUCCCCCUACCACGACUGACGUUGCGAACGCGACGACCUCUAUCCCAAACGCAACAAAUGCAACAAAUGCAACAAUUGGAUAUGUACCUACGAAUCAACUCCCUGCACAGGGUGUGUUUACAUACUUCGACCCGACAUUUGGCAGGACGAGCCGCGUGCGCAUCGUCGAGAGCCUUCCCCUGGGCGAUUUCGACUUGGCCCCGCUUCCCAACACUAUUGGCACCGCAGAAGCUUUGGCACUUCUCUUCGACAGCGCCAUUCGUCAGUUGGACAUAUGCGCGAUGUACUGGAACCUUCUUGGAUGGGCGGAUCACACUGCGUUCUCCCCGGACCAGAUGAAGCAAUUCGGCGCCGAUCGCGGCGUGGCCGUCCUCGCUGCGUUGCGUAGAGCUAUCAAGCGUGGCGUCGUGGUUCGCAUUGUCGGGUCAACAACGUUCGCGCCAUUUCCAGAACUCGACGGACUCGACGUGGAGCUCCGCCUAUGGGACGCCUCGUACUGGUAUGGCGGUGGCAUCAUGCACCAGAAGCUAGUGCUAGUCGAUCAGCAACACGCGUACCUCGGCAGCGCCAACAUGGAUUGGAAGUCCAUGGCGCAGGUGAUGGAGGUCGGCGUUGUCGUCGAACGGUCCCGCGCCAUCGUGCUCGACAUGCAGCGUCUCUUCAACCUAUGGUGGCUCUGGUCGGAUCCGGUGCUUAUCAACCCGUUGGACCCCACGGGGGUCUUGGCCAUCUGGCAGCCCGUAGACACGUUUGUGGAGAAGUUCCAGGCGGUGGUGCGCCUCCCGCCAUGGACAUCGUCUCUCGUGCAAUCAGGAUGGAGCCAGCCAAACCCGUUCAACGCCACGUUUGUGUCGUCGCAAUUCAACAAGGACAACCAGAUCACCGCGGUUUGGAACGGCGAGCGCUCGCAGGUGUUUGUGUCCGCGGCCCCAGAGGCUGCCACGUCAUCCACUCGUACAUUCGACGAAGAUGGCCUCAUUUACACGAUUCAACAGGCCAAAAAGACCGUGUGUCUGAGCGUCAUGGACUUUGUUCCGUAUUCAACCUACAAACUGGACUCGCACAACGAAGGGUCGAUCUACUGGCCGGCGUUGGUGGACACGAUGCUGCAGGUAGUGUACGCACGACCCGUGGCUAUCCGCAUCCUCGUCAGUCGAUGGGCACACACGAGCGCCGUGAUGAUCAAACACCUCAAGAUCCUACAGACCCAGUCCAGGACGUGUCCGUGCGCCGGCGGCGUCUGCCUCGGCAACAUCACGGUCCGGUUGUUUGAAGUCCCGGGGUGGGACGACACUGGCGACCACCGCAAGUGGCCCGCGUUUUCUCGGGUCAACCACGCCAAGUACAUCGUCACGGACGGCCGCGCCAACGUCGGUACGAGCAACAUGGAAUGGGGGUACUUUUACAACACGGCCGGCACGAGUUUCAACACGGACAACACCGAGGUCAUAGAUUCGCUCCAGAAGAUUUUCGAUCGCAACUGGGACUCACCGUACGCCAUCCCGCUCUAUACGUAUCGUUGAGUCGACAACAACGACGACGCCAUCAUAUGUACACAAGAGUUGGGUUUGCCACCUCGUACUCCAGCUACAAGUGUAUUUCCAGCAGAGUUUGUGUAGUAAAAGCGAAUGGAUUCGAGAAUCGAAUGAUAUCUCGGUGUAAACGUUGUAUGGUGAAGGCUUGGUUAGACGCUAAAGUACUUGCAUCCAAGUCGGUCGCACGAAGAGAUGACUUG